UUCUUCAAGCGCUGCUCUCUACGCCUCUUUCGACGCUGUGUUAAAUAUGGCGAACCGGUCGAUCUCGAAGAAGAGGAAGUUUGUAGGAGAUGGAGUCUUUAAGGCCGAGCUCAACGAGUUCCUCACGCGAGAACUGGCGGAGGAUGGAUAUUCGGGUGUUGAAGUGCGAGUCACUCCAACCCGUACGGAAAUCAUCCUGAUGGCAACGCACACGCAGAGCGUUCUUGGAGAGAAAGGGCGCAGAAUCAGAGAGUUGACAUCUGUCGUCCAAAAGAGGUUCAACUUUAAAGAACACACGGUCGACCUGUACGCCGAGAAAGUAGCGACACGAGGUCUAUGCGCCAUUGCACAGGCUGAGUCUCUGCGUUAUAAACUGAUCGGAGGUCUUGCAGUAAGAAGAGCAUGCUACGGUGUUCUUCGAUUUAUUAUGGAAUCUGGUGCGAAAGGCUGCGAAGUAGUUGUCAGUGGUAAACUUCGAGGACAGAGAGCAAAGUCGAUGAAGUUCGUAGAUGGACUUAUGAUUCAUUCCGGAGAACCCACGAAUGAGUACGUUAACACUGCGACGAGACACGUUCUCCUCAGGCAGGGUGUGUUGGGAAUCAAAGUGAAAAUCAUGCUUCCUUGGGAUGCCAGUGGCAAGUCAGGACCGAAAGAUCCAUUACCCGAUCAAGUUACCGUUAUCGAACCAAAAGAAGAGACAAUUCAUAUGCAGCCUUCGUCCGAUAACAAAGCACUAAAGGAAACUGUCCAACCAGCUCCAAUUCCUGUGUAAUUGAAGAUGUCUAAUAAAAUAUCUUGAUAUUAAUA